AUGGUGGCUAGGCGCAUAAGCCGCCAACGCUCUCGCCGUGACUCGCUACAGCUACAACGCGAAGGGAGCGGUGGUGCCAGCUUCUACGGGUAUAUCGGCGAGCUACGCAACGCCUUCGACCCGCACUCCGCACUGCUCAAGAGCUGGCACCAGGUUCUGUUUGGCUGCCUGCUGUACGAGGGGUUUCUGCUGCCUUUCGCCUCGACGUUCGCUGUCAAGUUUGCUCUCCCCACGUCGACGACAGCCUUCAGGGCCUUCUACGUGGCGGAGGCGCUCUUCUUCGCAGACUUCUACGUCAAGCUGAACACGGGGUUUUACGAGGCCGGCAACAUCCACCGCGACAAGCGCAAGGCGCGAGCCAAGUACCUUACGUCGUUCGGCUUCUUGCUCGACGUCAUGGCCAUUGUCCCGCUGUCGAUCAUCCUGCCUGCGCCUCUGUUCCACAAAGUUCUACGCGUCUGGCGCUUACCAGGCUACUUCUCCAACCUGGACGACGUGUACGCGAAAUACUUCCGCACUCUCAAGCUGUUCAAAGUGCUGGUCGCCACGGCGUUCGUGACUCACUUCGUCGCGUGCUGUCGGUUCGCUUUCGGCUGGAAGAGCGGCGAUGCUCGUGAUUCAAACCCCUGGCUACCGCCAGCCGCGUUGGAAAGUGAGCCCUUGGCUACUCAGUACGCUGGGGCGUUGUUCUGGAGUGUGGGACUGCUCACGGGGUCCUUCGGGGGAGCUCUGCCACGCUGCAACACGGAGUUCGCGUUCACGCUGGCCGCGGUGUUGCUGGGGUUUGUGCUCUUCAUCUACGCCAGCGCGACGCUGUUCAUGCUAUCGAAGUCGGAGAGCAACCAGACCGUGCUGGCCCAGGCGCGCAUCAACCAACUACGCCACCUCCUCACGUUUCACCGCGUUCCAGAGUCACUGCAGGUGCAGGCGGUUGAGUAUCUCAAGCGCCACUACACGGACGCCGAGUCCAACGACCGGGAGGUCGUCAAGCUGCUGUGCCCGUCCAUCACAAAGGAUAUCCAGGUGGAGUUGCUCAAGGACAUGGUGGGGCGAGUUCCGCUCUUCCGCGGCUGCAACCAGCAGUUCAUCGUCGCGCUCACGAGUCUGUUGGAGAUGACGAGCUUCCCAGCUCAUGUUACACUGUUUGAAGCAGGUGACAAGGGAGAUUACAUGUACGUGGUCAACUCCGGGGUGCUGCAUAUUCUGGUCAACGGUGUGAAGGUGCGCGAGCUGCGCCAAGGGAGUUUCUUCGGCGAGGUCUCGGUCUUCUCCAAGCGACCGCGCUCCGCUGCAGUCGUGACGACGUCGUACUGCACGCUUUAUCGUCUGUCACGCUUCCACACGGAGCGAGUGCUGGAAGGGUAUCCUGACUAUGCGGCUCAAAUAGCGUCUGCCAUCGACGACAUGGUAAACGAAAGAGAUGCCAGAGCUGCAAAAGGACAAGAGGCAGAAGAGUUCAUGCUCACGACGCUGUAUCAGCUAUCGACUCAGUCACCCGUCAAGAUACAGCGGCGAUCAUUACGAGACCGAGCUAAGCGGGCGACGAUGGCUAGUCUGCGGCGAAGCAAGUCAACACGGGUGGUCUCAGCCUCACGACACGCCGAGUACGACGGAGGCAACAUCUCCAUGAGCGAGAAGCGAGCCAUAAACUUCCAGCCCGCUCCAAUUAAGCUGCCGCCCAAGGUUAUCAUCAAGAAGAGCCCGACCGGAAAAUUGAUACGCAGCCAGUCAGCUUACGCUCGUCGGAUCUCGUCGGGGAUCAACUGCAUGCAGGGGUUUUACGACAACCUGGCGCGGCGACGAGCAUCGCAGUUCCAGGCUGCUGACGCGUUGUCGAAGAUCCUGUCGCGUCUUCUCCUGCGCAGGGUGAUUGACCACACCUCCGCGAGGCGGAAGUACUGGCUCAUUGCGCUGCAGCUUCAUUUGGCAGCCAACUGGUUCGUCGCACCGCUGUUGCUGGCGUUCCCCGUACUGGAUCGUCCUAGUACCCAGGGCAGUGUAAGCGCAACGUUUGCCUUGCUGGACAUCCUGCUGGUGGUCGACAUGUACCUGAACUUCCACUUGACCUACACGGUGAAUCGCAAGAAGGUCAUGCUGACGUCGCUCACAGCGAAGCACUAUUUGAGUGGUUCAUUCAUCCCUGACUUACUCUGCCUGCUACCGUACCGCCUACUGGUACCUCUUAGUGUGGCACCGAUAUUGGGGACUCACCCAGCGUUGCUACGACUUCCACGAAUGCUUCGGGUCUGGCACAUCAGAGGCCACUUGAGGGAAUGGGAAAACUCCUUCCGCCUCAGCAACACGUGGUGGCUUGUGGUUGCAGGGGUCGCCUACAUGCUGCUACUGCACAUUGUGACGUGUUUGUACUUCAGCCUCACGUACGUUGAAGGAUAUGGCACCAACAUGACGUUCACGGACGCCCAUGUGCGAGAUGUGGCGAGUAUGCAGUACAUGCGCUCGCUCUACUUCAGCGCCACGAUGCUUACGACAUUGGGCAAGACGGUCGAGCCUUCAUCUGCGUUGCAGUACUCGGUCACGCUAGUCUUGAUGUUAUGUGGCUUUCUCUCGUUGGCGUUGAUGAUUGACAGCGUCCAGAAGCGAAUCACCGCGUCGGCCUUUGAACAAAAGGAGUUCCUGGUGACGCGUACGCGGGUCCAGCAGUUUAUCAACUCUCGAACCGCACCUGCUGCUGUCCACCAGCGAGCAAAGUCGUUUCUGGAGUUCUGGUGGUCCUGUCACCGCGGUGCCAUUGCGAGCGAGCUGUUGAGCGAACUACCCGAAGCUAUCAAACGUCCAGUAGUGCGUAGUAUGUGCCAGCCAGCACUACGAACGCUGUCGUUGCUGGCAGACGUACGCCCUUGUUUGGAUGCACUGGAGCAGGUGUUCAUCGACAACAUUCGCUUCAUCCUCUACGGCCAAGGCGAGAUCAUCUAUCGACAGGGGGACUACGCCAGUGGUCUCUUUUUCCUGCUCGAGGGCGAGCUCAUCGUCAUUGUCAAUGGCGGCAUGCCUCGAACGCUGGUGAAAGGAGGGUUUAUUGGCACAGCCGCACUAAAUCUCAGCGAGACGUCCGUGAGCUACGCUGAGCGCGUGACAGCGGCCAGUGGCUGCAUCCUCAUCUUCAUCUCGAGGGAGAAUUUGAAUGGGAUGCACAAAGUUUUCCCCACAUUUUCAAUGGCGCUUCGAGCUUUGGAGAAGCGUCUGGAAGGGGCCAAGUUGGCCCGUGCACAGCAUGACUUCAACAGCACGCGGGAACGGUCUUGUAGCGGGGCCUUGCGCCCGAUGCCGGCGCCUAAACCGCUGACAUUCGAGAUGAAAGUGUUACGGUACCUGGACCUGGACGAUGUCAUCUUCGAUCCGGACGAUAACAUCACGGCAGUUUGGGAACUUUGGGUCUUCUCUCUGACAAUCGCUUUGUAUCUGAAGGUCCUCGGAGACAUUACAGCGGGGGUCGAGGUUAGCGAAGUGAUCAGCUCGGAGAUCGUCGCGAUGGUCUUCGAGGUUUUCUUCGCUCUCGACUUUUACUUCCACUCGCGACUGGGCUACUAUGAGUACGGCAACAAAAUCAUGGACAUCGUGGCGAUACGAAAGCGUUUCUUCCGUUCGCACCACUGUUAUUGCGCUGCUCUGGGGCUUUUCCCACUCUAUAUCGUGAAUUGGAUGCUAGGCUCGACGCAUCGGUUUGAAUUCUUGAGUGCCAACAAGUUGCUUCGUCUAAUUCGUGCACCCGCCACAUUUGCGAAACUAGAGAGCAAGCACCUCAACCGCACUGUACAGUUGCGGCUGCUGAAGCUGGUCAUCGUUUCGCUCGUUCUGUCUCAUUUGUUUGGCUGCAUUUGGUUUAAUUUCAAGGAUCCGAGCUCACAGAAUGCGUGGAUGCCGUCGUCAUCUCUUAAGUCAGCAGAUCCAGGAAGACAGUACUCGGCGCUGCUGUUCUGGUCGUUCGGCAUAAUGUCGCACUCGAAUUCUGGAGAACUGCCGACGUCAGUCGAGCAGUGCUUCUUCACUGUGGUAGUGCUGCUUGUCGGCGCCUUCCUGUUUGCGUUCGUAAUUGGUAAUAUCUCGGAUGUAGUCGAGCUCGUGGAUGCUGACUCGCGCGAGUUCAACGCCAAGCUCAGCUCUCUGAGGCUCUUGCUCGGGCACUUUGACCUCCCACUCGCGAUAGAAGAGCAGCUCAAGACAUACUUCUUCUUCCAGCGAUACCAUACCAUCACGCAGGAGUACCUCUUGGAGCGCUGUUUGCCACCGUCGCUUCUCACUGAAAUCCGCCUAGUUCAUCUCCAGCCUAUGAUCGUGAAAGUUGGUUUUCUUGCCGGUAUGGAGGGAUCUGUGACGCGGAUGCUCGUCGCUCAGUUCGUUCAGGCUCUUACUGUGAAAGAUCAAUACGUCUUCCGGAUGGGUGAAGAAGGGAGCGACAUGUUUUUCGUGUUCACAGGGAUCGUGGAGGUCUUGGUGCCGCUCGAAACACUACAGCGCCGCCAGUCGAACGAUAUAAAAUUGUUUUCACUGGGUUCUCCAUCUCGAUCAUCGUUUCGCACUGUCUUCCCCACCCUGGAUCCGUCCAAGCUGCAGGCCAAAAGCCAGUUGAAAAAGGUAAACGAACUCACGUCUGGUAGUUACUUCGGCGAGGUUGCGCUCUUCACGAGUAAACCUCGCAGUGCCCACGCUCGGUCGAAGACUUCGUGUGUGCUGUAUAAACUUUCGCGACGGUCGCUUGAGCUGGUAUUUGAACGAUACCCGGAUUGGAAGCGCAGGGUACUCAAGAUUGUCAACAUCCAGCAAGAGCAGCAGCUUCUGAGAAACCUCUACAUGGAGGAGCAGCUCGAUAUCGCGGCGAAUACGACGAAAAACAUGCCGAACCAUCGAACAACCUCCGGGCCGCUACGACCGCGUGGCGCGAGCACGAAAACAAUUGGAAUAUCGGCAAUGAAGCGCGCAGGCUCCUUCUUCUCGUCGUACAAGGCCCAGCACUCUGCAUCAACCGACACGACAGUCUUGCAGAUGGCUUCACGGAAGAAGUCGGUGCUAUGGGUCGACAUGCUGCUGCAGUGCACAGAUGCCCAGAGCGCGUUCCACAUCCAGUGGCUCAAGAUUAUCGCCGCCAGCACGAUCUACAUGGCGCUCAUCGUUCCGUACCGCAACUCGUUUGAUGCACUCGAGCGCCUGGGUCCGUUGCCAAUCGCCGAACGAGUCAUUGAGUUGACGUGCGAAGUUCUGUUUGGGUGGGAUAUCUGGGUGCACUGGAACCUCAAGGACGGCCUCGAGUCGAUGGAUCUGUACGAAAGCAAGCAGCGCGAUGCGUACCAUAAGGAGCGUCUGUGGAUUGACGUUCUCGCAGCCAUCCCGAUCGACCACUUUUUGUCGGACUUUUAUCAGUCGCCGCUGCUGUGCAUGAACCGAUGUCUGAAGCUGUUCAACUUCCCGCACUACAUGAAAGAAAUCAACCGGCGCAGUGUGGCGUACGAGAAGAACCGCUUCUGGACGCUCUGGGUCUUGUUCUUCGUGCUGAUGCACUGGUGUGCGUGCGCCUACUUCUCUCUAGCAUCAGUUACGUGCGACUCGGCUGAAAGUGAGACUGACUGGGACAACUGGGCUCCACCACGCAGCGCCAUGAAUAUUUCCUGGACGGAGACGUCAAUGGAUUUGCUCAUGCUUCGUUUCCUCCGCGGGUUGUUCUUCGCUUCCACCGCCUUCAUCAAAAAAGGAAAAGUCUUCGAGCCUAGCGACCACGCUGACUACUUGUUCACCCUUUUCGUGGACUUUGUCGGGCUCGUGACGAUGGCGUUCAUGAUCGGGGAGAUGGCAAACCUCUACAUCUCGUACAUCAGCAACGAAGUGGAGUUCCGAAAGAACCACAUCGCAGUGGAGCUGUACUUGGAGCGUUGGCACAUUACAGGGAAGCUGCGUGCCCGUUGCCAUGCGUUUUUGUCGUCGUUGUGGAGCUCGCACCGAGGAGUGAACUACCAGGCGAUAUUUGACGAGAUCCCACAAGUAAUUCGAACGGAGUCGAUCCUGCACAUCGCCAAUUUGCCACUGCGUGCCUUUGUCAACAGCGUGUUCCGUCCGUUUGCCACUGCUCAUCCACACGACCGCGACGUGGAAGCACUAACGCGUUCGAUUGCCCAGCAUCUCAAGUACGAGGGCUACCCUCGAGACGAGUGCGUGCUCGUGGAAGGGCGAGUCUCGAACGAAAUGUACUUCGUCGUCAAAGGCCACUUGAUCGCCACCAGCAGCGCAGACCGCCCGGAACUCGCCAUUCGUUCCGAUCAGAACCACUACAAGAAAGGUGACUUCUUCGGAGAGCACGGCCUGCUCGGGUAUUCAGUCGGUGUGUGCACCGUCAAGACGGUGUGUGCGUGCGACUUGCUGUCGCUGAGCUCUGAGUCGCUUUUGAACGUGAUUCUUUCGCGACCAAUUUUUCAGACCGCGCUCAGCAUCGCUGUUGAAGGCUACCGAGAGUUGUGCAAACGCACGCGGUCGAUGCAUGUAACAUCAACCAAAGAGGACACAACUAGAGCCGAGAACGACUGGGGCGUGGAGCUGUUCCGGAUCCUGGAUGCACGACGAAAGCAGUGGCUCGAUGAAGCGCUUGCGUUUAAAGCUGCAGAUAGCGAGAGCGAUGAGCCGGUUAACGAGCCGUGGACAUUUUCCUGCUUCAAACCUGGACAGGAAGUUGGGUUGGUGACGAUCUCGACGCCAUCCUCGUGCGUGAAAGUGUUCGAGAAACUGAUUCGUCUCAUUGCCACUCGCGGGAUGCUGGACACGAAAAAUUUGCACACAGCGACGCAGUUCCAGGAGACGCUACCUGUCAUGACUGCCGACCUCGCAACUAUGACCACCACCUACCGCAGCAACUUGUCAAUGACGGAGAAGUCAGAUAGCAGCAGGCCAAGCAGCAACAAGAUACCUUACCUCUAA